AUGGGUUUCCUCAAGCGCCUCCGAUUGAAAGUCAAAGGCAAGAGCAAGAAGUCUGCGUAUCCCGACCAGAACGAAGGUCGGUACGAUGGCAGGGCCACAGACUACACGAAACGCCUCCCUCCCGCGAUUCUGCGCCAUGUCUUUGCUCAAGUAUGUCCGCAUUCGCUCGAUGAAUCACUUACCGCCUCCGAAGAAUCGGUCGCGGUGAACGACUGUAUGCUUUGUGAUAUGCGCGAUCUGGCUCACUGCGCGCUUGUAUGCCGCCGGUGGUGUAGCGGGGCCCAGGAUCUACUGUACCAACACGUCCGCAUCGAUGCCGUCCAUUACUGCGAUCUCGAAGUCUUACUAGCCGCGAAGCGAAAGAAGAGCUCCUGGUUAAAUCAUAAUGCGGAACCGAUUGACGCACCGAGGACCCGUUUAUUGUUGUUUAUGCGGACGGUCAGAGAACCCAAUGACCUGGGACGGCUGGUUCUGUCUCUGCGCAUGCCCUACAUGACCCGGGAGACGAGCAAAAACGAGCUGGCGCGGACCGUCUCUGUUCUUCCGAAUCUACGUUAUGUGGACCUGCCGGUCGGGGUUUUCACUGACGACGCCUCGUCACAUAUGCUGAAGUUGGAAUUGAUGGCGCGGUGCCCGGAUCUUCGCCGGAUGAAGUAUAUUCACGGCUCAGAGGGCAGCUUCUCGGCGAUUCCCCAAAAGCAACCAUGGGCCAAUAUCGAGGUUUUGGAGCUCUCUAAGCUUUCAGUUGAGCCGACGUUACUAUGCCAGGCCCUCAGUUCCUUCUCGCGACUACAGGAUCUGAAGCUGGAGGACAUGCACUGGUUGGAGGACCGCAUGUUUGAACCGAUGCCUUCAUCACCGCAGUUUCCACCGUUACAACGACUUACACUCGAAGCCACUCCACAGAUCACCACCACAGGGCUGACGGCAUAUCUCUCUUCGCCUCAAAACAGCCACGCGUUGAAGCAUCUUUCACUCUUCAACACCGGCAUCCUCCCUCAGGAACUACAUGAGAUCCUCACACGCGCCACCUCGCUUGAAACGCUAUCCAUUAUCCACCAGGUCACUCGCGCACUUCCGACCGAAACCGUCCCUUUACUCUCCUCCAAAUCCUUGACCCUCCUCCACUACGAAAUCACCUCCGAAUCCGGGCCGUACGGCGCCCAGCCGAUCUCCUCGUCAUAUUACACCCACCUGAUGUCCUCGCUCCUCGCCGGAAACCUCCCCGCUUUAAAGGUCCUCUAUGUGCGCGAUGCCCACUUCUCGGAGUCAUUGAUGCUCGCGCCCCCGCCCCGACUUGGCGGCGAGGGGGGUCCACGGCCGCGCGGAGGAGGAUUCAACCAAAUGCUCGCGGUGUACAGCAAAGGCGAGGACGAGACGGAAUGGAAUUUCACCAAUUAUGAGCCCCUGGCGGGAUCUGGACGGCCCACGAGCAUGGCGCGCCCGGUCAGUGUCCACGGAGCGCAGCUAGGUCCGUCCUGGGGGGAGAACGCGCGUGAAAGUGUGUUUAUGGGGAACGGAGUCGACGGAUUUCUUGCGGUGCCAUCCGACCAACGGCCAAAGAGCAGUGGCGGAUGGUCCCAGACCGGUUCGCGGAGGGAUUUGUGGCGGUAG